GGCCACAGCAUGGACCGACCCGCCAUGUUUGUGGUGUCUGGACCAGAUCAACCGAACAACAACCGCCAUGGAUAACACUGGUCAUUGCCUUCAUUGGGGGCUAAGCAACUUGUCGACUGUUGUAGCUUACUUGACGUGGCAAUUCACGGUAAUUUUUCAUGACAUCAAACCAACGACUCGAAGACCACAGUACAGCGACACGGAGCAGCACUAUUGUAACAUCUUCGACCAAGACUCAACACUUUCGGGGCAUGUGCUUGUACCCCAGCAGCAACUGCACGGCAGAACGUGCGGUGAAAAAGAAUGGUACCCCCCAUACCUUAUGCGCGUUCCAUCGAGCCAAGCAUAACCACCAGCAGCGCAAAUUCGACGCCAAAAAGCGACGAACGGACUGUCGAUUUGCCCCGUACGACAUGCAAGCCAUGCGUGCUGCUGCCACAGCGUCCGAGCCACCCCCGUCUGGCCCUCCCCCUCCCCCGCAGAAUAAUGUCAAGACUGAUCUAGGCGGCGGCAGAACGCUCAAGACAGAGCUGCAACUCGUGUUUCGGAAUCGACUGCAAGCCAACAGACAGCAGAAAACACUACCCCAAACCCACCAAACACAAAAAGCACCACCACUUGACAAGGACUUCAGUACCUUUGACAACCAAGGGGGUCAGGACGACGUUGAAGCCAAGGGCCCGUCGCGACCACCGCCACUGCCUCCUCUAGCCACCCUCCUUCGACGAUUUCACUCCUCGGCCCACAAAAGCAACAAUUAAUUCAAUAUCUACGUUUCAAACGAAAGAAUAUCCAA